AUUUACCAUCAUAAAAUUUUGGAGUAAGAGGAAAAAAAAAGUUUCAAGCAAAUCGUGAGUUGCAGUAGUAUCGGCAAAAAAACGCAACGCUGCGAAGUGUGGAGGCAGCUGAGACAGAAUUCGGAGUAGCUUCUUAAUCCCAACUCAAUUUCUCUCAGAGAUAAUAAUGGACCCAGCAGAACGUAGGUACUUGGAGGAUGAGGAUUCAUCACUCAUGAAAACUUUUAAGGGUGCAACUACUGGUUUAGUUGCUGGCACUAUCUGGGGCACUGUUGUUGCCACCUGGUAUGACGUUCCUCGUGUCGAGAGAAGUGUUGCUCUUCCUGGGUUGUUAAGAACUUUCAAGAUGAUGGGCGGCUAUGGAGCAACCUUUGCUGCCAUAGGAGGAGUCUACAUUGGUGUCGAACAGUUGGUGCAGAACUACAGGGGGAAGAGGGAUCUUGUAAAUGGUGCUGUUGGUGGCUUUGUUGCUGGUGCAUCUAUUCUCGGUUACAGAGGAAGGAGCAUCUCAACCGCAAUUUCUGCAGGAACAGCAUUGGCAUUCACAUCUGCAGUUCUUGAUUUUGGGGGGCAGACAUUAAAACAUGAUGAGGGGAGGGAGUAUGCUGCAUUAACCACAAAGAAAAGACCCAGUAACGAUGCAUAAUUUUUAAUUCAUGCACCUUUAUGACCAAAGACAUUUCUUGUUGAUUGGAGAGAGUGAAUCACUCUUUGUUUAGCCGGUUGUUUGUGGAGUUGGAAUUACAUGCUCCGAUGUCAUUCCAUAUUUUCUUUUGUUAGUUGUUGCCGAACCGGUUAAAUUUGAAUAAAUGUACUAUGUAUUUUGUUUCUAAGAGAUAAGCUAUAACCACACUGAAAUUCCCUUGGUCCUACAUACUAAAUCUAUUUUGUUACCAUAAGAUAUUUGAAUCAGAUUGAAUUGUUUGAGCUA